CAACCUUUUUGUUGAGAUAGUACUAUGAGAUUGUAAUCGAAAUGCCUUCCUUCAACUUAAGGCCGCUUGAUGACGAAAAAGACAUUGCGGUUCCCUUUGGCAAAACAACGAUCGGAAGAGGUCCUUUCCUUGGGGUUACAGAUAAGCGAGUGUCGAGAUUGCAUGCGGUACUGGAGGUGACAAAUGAAAAUCUUUCUAUUUUGCCCCUUCACACCAAUCCAACCUUCUUGAAAGCUUCUGAUAGCCAGAAGUUCAUAAGUUUGAAGAAAGACGAAAUCAGAGUCCUGAUCAAUGGUGAUGUUAUUGCAUUGCUUCCAGACAGCUUGUGCUUUAUGGUGGUUUGUCAUGGAGAUUCAUGCAAGACUGGUGUAACUGAAGGACAAUUGAGAUUCUCUGAGUCAAACAAUGUUCAUGAUGAAGGAAAACCUACAAAAUCAUCAAACACAUCCACAGAUAUGUUGCUAGAUGAAUUUACGAAUAAUGGGCCUUCCUCAAGAACAUGUUCUGCAGAUGCAGUUAUUCGACAUGCAGAUGGGAACUUUACUGACAGUAAACCGUCCACUCAAGACAUGGCUACAGCUAGUUCUUCUCUUUCUGUGUCUGAGACAGAUGUGAUUUCACCAUCCAAACCAUUGAUAGAGCCUGCACCUUUUCUGCAAAAGACACGCAAACUGCCUUCAUGGUUAAUAGAGUCAACAACUCAUAUAAAAUCUCCAGCUAAGAAUUCAGUUAACAAGAGAAGAGGAACUCUGGCUAACCAAGAUGUGGAUAAGGAAAUGGCUGCAAGUAAGAAAGAUAACAAAGGAAGAAACAAAACCACACAGAGAGGAAAAUCAUCAGUUGAGGAGGACCAGAAGGUUUCAAGCACCAGUGAGGAUUUUAUUGUCAGGGAUGAUGAUGAGCAUGAUAGGGGGAGAGCAAAGUGUAAAUUUGCAAAGAAAAGAUCAUCUAUAAACACUGAAGAUAAUGAGGAAGAUGUUAAAUCCACAGCAAGAAAGAAGGCAAAAACAAGUAGAAUAUUAGUGACUGAAAAUGAUGUUGAGAAUGAGCCUGUAGUACUGAAAAGCAAGGAGGAUGUUGGUCAAACAUUUUUAGGAGAUACUAAUACUGGUGGAAAUGAUGAUGAGGUGUCUGCAUCCAAGGUAGAAUGAACCCAAAGGAAUAUUCAUUGUAAAAAUAGUGCCUCUUAAAUGAGCAGCCCUUUCAAAUAAGUGGCCCACAAAGUUUGAAACAAGCUCUCUUCUUUCCCCAAACAGGUACUGCCUUUCCUUCCCUCCCCCAGUUUAAAAGGCCAACGCUGAAUUAGUUGGGUAUCUAUACUAUGCAAUCUCAUUUCACCAUCAGCAAUAAUUUAUAUUUGCUAUGUCAUUACAAUACAUUCAAGAGACUGUAACUACUUGGAGGGGGACAUUGAGGUUUACUGUAUUGCAGUAUUGGAAAAUUUAUUGUAUUAUUUUUUAAUUGUGGUCUUCUCAAAACCUGUGGGAUGCAAUUUUCUAGUAUUUUAGGUGGUACUGGUACAUAAAAAAAUAUUCUUCCAGAAACAGGCUCAGUGAAACAGGAGUUCAAACAGCUUUAUGGUUCUCUAAUCUGUCAUGCGAGUUAUUAUAUGAAAUGAGAUCAUAAAUGAUUGUCAACAGUCCUAAUCAAUCAACAAUUUCAGUGGCCUAUUGCAAAAAUCAGCCUGCGUAGCCAGGCUCUUUUGGGGGGGGGAGGGAUGGGGGGAAGGGGAAAGAGGGGAGAGCCUGCACUGGCCCUAUUGUUUUCGCGUUUACCGCCCAAAAUUUUUAACCAAUCAUACUCGCCGAAUAUCAACCAAUCAGAAGGCGCCAGAAGCAGUUCUCGCGUUCACUAUCAGUUUCCUGUCAAAACAAACUCGCACCUCUCAUGGCGGACACAGAGAGUUCUUUUACUAGAGCAAAGAAAGGUAAAAAACCGUCUUCAAACCGAUCAAACGAAUUUUGUAGACUUUGUAAAAAGAGCCUUCGAAUUUUGUAUGUUGAUCGUGUAACCCAUACAUCCUACAGUAAUAUUUUUAGAGCACCGAACGAUCUGUCCAAGAACCGCUGUCAGAAUCUCUCAAAAGCAUUGGAAUUAUUGUCGAAAACGAAGAAAACUGUGGGACAAGUAUUGUGGGACUGGCGGAAGAAAAUUUCUAGGUCUUCAUGAAUCAUUUACCAGUGUUCAACAGUCUUAAAGUCGAAACGAGUCGUCGUGUGCUGAGUUAUACAAGGCGAAGAGAAAAGGGGACAAUGGAGUGAUACCAUCGAGAUCAAGUCCUGCAAUUAAUCGCAAGACACGCAGAGUACUAUCACCAGGAAAAUCUAAGUCAAUAAAGGAACUUUUCUCAACAGGCAAAGAGAACGAUUUACCGACAGAAAGAGAUUCAUUCGAAGAGGUGCGAAGAAAGCAAGCAAUUGAAAAUGUGGCUCUUUCGAAGUUAAACAUUUAACAAUUAUUCCACGAGCGUGCGUUGGAUAUGAGAUGUUUAAGAUAGCCAACG